GUGCCCAUCCUGACAAACAAGAAGAACCAUCGGGGCUGGCCACAAGUGGUGUCACAAGAUCUUGUGCGACAUGUCCACAGACUGAAAAGCACUGUUUUCAUGGUUGUUGGCCAAGUAAAAGGCCAGACCUUGCUACCUCUUCCAGCUGGCUCAGAGGGAAUUGAGGACAUUGAUCUGGAAGAUGAGAAAUCCCUGAAGCUGAUAGAUAAAUCUCUGGUACAUGCCACUGAGUCAGCCAUCAUAGACUGGAGCUACCAGAUCCAGGAAGCACUGAAGAAAGAGUCUUCAGACCCUCUCCUGCAAGGCAACAACCCUAACCCAAAGGUGGAAUUGGAGUUCUGGAAGAACAGGUGUGAUGACCUGGAAUGCAUUUAUGAUCAACUGAGAACGAGGAAGGUCAGGAACAUGAUAAAGCUGCUGGAGAGAGUUGAGAGCAUCUAUGUCCCAGCCUUCAAAGCCAUGCUCAUGGAUGUUGAGGCAGCUUUGACCGAAGCUCAAGACAUCCACCUGCACCUGAUGCCACUCAAACGUCACUUGGAGGACAUAGAGACGGUUGAGUUCAGUGAGGUGAAGCCAUUGCUGGUCCCUCUGCUGCACGUGGUGUGUUUGAUCUGGGUUACUUCCAAGCACUACAGCAUGUCCACGCGAAUGGUGGUGCUGCUCCAGGAGAUCUGCAACCUUCUCAUUCAGCAGGCCAUGGUAUACCUGUCUCCAGAAGAUCUUCUAAAAGGGGAGAUGGAAGAGAGCCUGAGCAAGGUGCAAAUGGUGCUUGACAUCCUGAAUGCGUUCAAAGAGGCAUUUGAGGAGAGCGGAAGAAACCUGCACACGUAUUAUGAACCAGGCCAAGAAGUCAGAGAGUGGGACUUUUGUGCUGUGACGGUGUUCGUGAGGCUGGACAGCUUCCUGAAAAGACUGGAGAUGGUGGAGGAUCUCCUGAUAACUGCCUUGGACCUGACAAAGCUGGAAAAGAUCGAGUUCAGUGGGAUUAAAGGGAAGGCCCUGGGUCAGCAAGUGCUGGACAUGUACGAGGAAUUCCAGGAGGCGUACAAGGUGUUUGCAGAACGAACCUAUGACUGCCUUGACCUGGCCAACACGGACUUCGAGCAAGACGCCUUCGAUUUCCAGCAGAAAGUAGAAGACAUCGACAGGCGACUGGGCACUGUUUUCAUCCAGGCUUUCGAUGAUGCCUCAGACUUGGAGCACGCCUUCAAGUUGCUGGACAUGUUUGGGAGCCUUUUGGAACGACCAGUAAUUGCUGCAGAUGCUGCUGGGAAAUACUCUGUCCUCAUCAGAAUGUUCAACAGUGCCUUGGACCAUGCAAGGCUGAUCUACUCCAGGCACAUUAAGGCAGAGCUGGAACUUGGAUCCCCACCUGUGCACAAGAACAUGCCGCCGGUAGCUGGAGCUCUGCGCUGGGCUCGGGAGCUGCGAGCACGAAUCCAGGCGCCCUUUGAUCACUUCAGGCACAUCCCACAUCUCUACUUGGACUCUACCGAAGGAAAAAGGGUGAUAAAGAAGUAUGAAGAAAUGAUCCAGCUGCUCGACAGAUAUCAGGAAAAGCUCUAUGUAGACUGGUCCCAGACAGUCUCUGAAAAAUCCCAGGACGGCCUUACUCAACCACUCAUCCGCCGAGAUCCAGAAACCAAACUGCUCACAGUGAAUUUUGAUCCCCAGCUGGUUUCAGUGCUGAGGGAGGUGGGCUACCUGUCUGGUAACCAGAUGGGAGCCAUCCCACCGGUGGCAGCAGAAAUCUACUCCUCCAAGGAAUCAUACCGACAGAUGGUGGCCAACUUGGAGCUGAUGGUGAACAGAUACAACAAGGUCCUGAAGACAGUCCUGGAGGUGGAAUACCCUCUGAUACAGGGGCAGCUGCGGGAUAUUGACUUGAAGCUGAAAGAGGCUGAAGAAACUCUCAGCUGGAAGAUGGAGGGUGUCUGGGAUCACGUCUCCAUGGUGACGGAUGGUGUCCAUGACUUUGAGCGGAGGAUACAGAAAGCCAAAAACAACGUUGAGGAGAUCCAGAUGAUUGUACAGUCAUGGGUGUCACCCAUAUUUGAGAGGAAAGAUUGUAGAAGGGAAUCGCUGCUAAGCCUAGAUGACUGUCAGAACCGUCUGGAAAAGCGUUACAGCCUUGUCAGGGAGUCGGGGCAGAGGAUUCAUUUGCUGGUGAAGGAAAACCAGAGCCUCUUACUUGCAGACCCAGCAUCUGAUGUCUGGAAGGCUUAUGUGGAUUAUUUGGAUGAGAUAGUCCUGGAUGGAUUCUUCACUGCCAUUGAGUCCUCGCUCAAGUACCUCCUGGAAAACACAGAUCCUGAGGCGGGACUCGCUCCCCUGCUGGAGGUGCAGCUGGACUUGGUGAUCCCAGAUUUGACCUUUCAUCCCUCCAUGGACCCCGGCACAAACGAUGGCUUCUAUGACAUGGUGGAAAGUCUUCUCAAUGACAUCUACCGGAUCUCCUCGCUGGUGCCCAGGCUGGCCGAGCACAGUGGCUUCCCCCACUACCAGGCCGACAUGGAGGACAUGGCCGAUCUGGCCGACAUGCGCCAUGACCUGAUGGGACGUGUGCAGGCAGUGAUGGCUGCCUGCUGUGAGUACCGCAGUACCUUCGAGCACUACUCCUACCUCUACGGGGAGGACAGAAAGGAGUUCUACCGCCAGUUCCUCCUCUACGGACACAUCCUCACCACUGCAGAAAUCGAGGCCCACGCGGACGAUGGGGUCCCCGAGACACCUCCCACGCUGCAGCAGUUCAGAGAGCAGAUCGACUCCUACGAGAAGAUCUACGAGGAGGUGAAUCGCAUUGAGCCCGUCAGCAUCUUCCAGAGCUGGCUGAAAGUCGAUGCUCGGCCUUUCAAGGCGUCUUUGCUGAACACAGUUAAAAGGUGGAGCUUGAUGUUCAAGCAGCAUCUCAUGGACCACGUCACGCACAGCUUGGCUGACCUGGAUGAGUUCAUAAAAGCCACUGAAAAAGGUUUGAGCAAAAAGGUUGAAAAAGGUGAUUACGAAGGCUUGGUGGAGACUAUGGGUCAUCUCCUGGCCGUUAAGGAACGUCAUGGUGUCACCGAUGCCAUGUUUGAGCCCCUGAAGCAAACCGUCGAGCUGCUGAAGACGUACGAGCAGCAACUGCCAGAGGAAGUCUAUAAGCAGCUGGAGGAGCUGCCAGAAAAAUGGAACAAUAUAAAGAAGCUGGCGAUAGCUGUGAAACAGCAUGUGGCUCCUCUGCAGGCAAACGAAAUGACAGGUCUGCGCAAGAGCUGCGUGGCGUUUGAUGUCGAGCAGCAGAGAUUCAGAGAGCGAUUUCGGAAGCAAGCACCAUUCAGGUUCGACACCGAAAAGCCUUAUCAACAGCUAGAUGCAAAGCACAUUGAGAUUAAACAAAUGGAGUCAGCCAUGACCUCAAUUUACGAGUCAGCUGGUCUGUUUGAAGUCAUGGUGCCAGAUUAUAAACAGCUGAAGCAGUGCAGAAAGGAGCUGUGUCUUCUCAAAGAGCUCUGGGAUAUGAUCUCCCUCGUGAACACUAGCCUUGACGACUGGCAGACCACCAGAUGGGUGGAUAUUAAUGUGGAAAACAUGGAUCUGGAGUGCAAAAGGUUUGCAAGAGAGAUUCGGAACUUGGAUAAGGAGAUGAGAGUGUGGGAUGCUUUCACUGGGCUGGACAGCAAGGUGAAGAACAUGCUGGUGGCCUUGAAAGCUGUGGCAGAACUUCAAAAUCCAGCCAUUAGAGAAAGACACUGGAAUCAACUCAUGCAGAUGACAGGUGUGAGGUUUGUGAUGGACUCGGACACCACACUGGCUGACCUCCUGAAGCUCAACCUGCAUAAUUUUGAGGAUGAGGUUCGUGGCAUCGUGGACAAAGCAGUGCGAGAAAUGAGUAUGGAGAAAGUCCUCAAGGAGCUAAAAAUGACUUGGAGCACCAAGGAGUUUCAAUAUGAGCCUCACCCCCGGACAAACAUCCCGUUGCUGAGGUCAGACGAGGAACUUAUUGAAACUUUAGAAGACAACCAGGUGCAGCUGCAGAAUUUAAUGACAUCGAAAUAUAUUGCGUUCUUCCUGGAGGAGGUGUCGGUGUGGCAGAGAAAGCUGUCCACUGCGGACUCUGUCAUUUCUCUCUGGUUCGAGGUGCAGCGUACGUGGUCUCACUUGGAGAGCAUAUUCAUAGGCUCAGAAGAUAUACGGGCACAGCUUCCCAAGGACUCCGAACGCUUUGAAGGGAUUGAUGUGGAUUUUAAAGAACUGGCCUAUGAAGCUCAGAAAACACCAAAUGUUGUGGAGGCCACCAAUAAACCCGGUCUGUCCCAACAACUGGAGGAUAUUCUGGGCAGAUUGUCUCUGUGUGAGAAGGCUUUGGCUGAAUAUUUGGACAUGAAGAGGUUGGCCUUUCCCAGAUUUUACUUCAUUUCUUCUGCAGAUUUAUUGGAUAUUCUUUCUAAUGGCACCAGCCCGCAGCUGGUGCAACGUCAUCUUUCCAAACUGUUUGACAACUUGGCCAAGAUGAAAUUCCAGCUGGACUCUGAGCAAAAGCCAACCAAAAUUGGCCUGGGAAUGUACAGUAGGGAGGAGGAGUACGUCAGCUUCAGUGAUCCCUGUGACUGCAGCGGGCAGGUUGAGGUCUGGCUGAAUCACGUACUAGACAGCAUGAGGGCUACUGUGAGAGAUGAGAUGACGGAAGCUGUUGUGGCUUAUGAAGAGAAGCCGAGGGAACAGUGGCUCUUUGACUACCCUGCCCAGGUGGCUCUUACCUGCACCCAGAUCUGGUGGACUACUGAGGUUGGGAUCGCCUUUGCCCGGGUGGAGGAAGGUUAUGAGAACGCGAUGAAGGAAUAUCACAAGAAGCAAGUGACCCAGCUGAACACGCUGGUUACCAUGCUGAUUGGGCAGCUCUCCAAGGGCGACAGGCAGAAAAUCAUGACCAUUUGCACCAUUGACGUGCAUGCUCGGGACGUGGUGGCCAAGAUGAUAGCGCAGAAGGUGGACAACUCCCAGGCGUUCAUUUGGUUGUCGCAACUCCGGCACAGGUGGGCGGAAGAGGAACGGCACUGCUUUGCCAACAUCUGCGAUGCCCAGUUCCUGUACUCCUAUGAAUACCUUGGCAAUACCCCUCGGCUUGUGAUCACCCCUCUGACUGACAGAUGUUACAUCACCCUGACCCAGUCGUUGCACCUGACCAUGAGCGGAGCACCUGCAGGCCCUGCAGGCACUGGGAAGACGGAGACUACAAAAGAUUUGGGACGAGCCCUGGGCAUCAUGGUGUAUGUGUUCAACUGCUCCGAGCAGAUGGACUACAAGUCCUGUGGGAAUAUUUACAAAGGCCUUUCCCAGACGGGAGCCUGGGGCUGUUUCGAUGAAUUUAACAGGAUCUCAGUUGAAGUCCUCUCUGUGGUUGCUGUACAGGUGAAGAGCGUGCAGGAUGCGAUACGGGAGAAGAAGAAAUCCUUCAAUUUUCUUGGAGAAGACAUUAAAUUGAUACCUUCAGUAGGCAUUUUCAUCACCAUGAAUCCCGGUUAUGCAGGGCGAACGGAGCUACCUGAGAAUUUAAAAGCUCUCUUCAGGCCAUGUGCGAUGGUUGUGCCGGAUUUUGAGCUGAUCUGUGAAAUUAUGUUGGUGGCAGAGGGAUUCAUUAAGGCCCGGAUGUUGGCCAGGAAGUUCAUUACUCUGUACAAACUCUGCAAAGAGCUCCUGUCCAAGCAGGAUCACUACGACUGGGGCUUACGUGCUAUCAAGUCGGUGCUGGUUGUCGCUGGCUCCCUCAAGCGAGAUGAUCCAGAGCGUCCUGAAGACCAGGUUCUGAUGCGCUCUCUUCGGGACUUCAACAUUCCCAAGAUCGUGACGGAUGAUGUACCAGUGUUCAUGGGGCUGAUUGGGGAUCUUUUCCCUGCACUGGAUGUGCCUCGGAAACGUGACCUGAAUUUUGAGUCCUACGUGAGGCAGGCUGUGCUGGACCUCCGGCUGCAGGCUGAGGACAACUUUGUGCUCAAAGUGGUGCAGCUGGAGGAGCUGCUGACCGUCCGGCACUCUGUCUUUGUGGUGGGGAAUGCAGGCACGGGCAAGUCACAGGUGAUGCGAUCCCUGAACAGGACUUACCAGAUAAUGAAGCUACGUCCUGUCUGGACAGACCUCAACCCCAAGGCAGUCACCAACGAUGAGCUUUUUGGCAUCAUUAACCCAGCAACGAGAGAAUGGAAAGAUGGACUGUUCUCAUCAAUCAUGCGGGAACUGGCCAACAUCACGCAUGACGGUCCCAAGUGGAUGGUCCUAGAUGGAGAUAUUGAUCCGAUGUGGAUUGAAUCUCUUAACACCGUGAUGGAUGAUAAUAAGGUGCUGACCCUGGCAAGCAAUGAGAGAAUCCCUCUGAACCCAACGAUGAGACUGGUCUUUGAAAUCAGCCACUUGCGUACAGCAACCCCAGCAACCGUGUCCAGAGCGGGGAUCCUGUACAUCAACCCGUCGGAUCUGGGUUGGAAUCCUCCAGUGAGCAGCUGGAUUGACAGGCGAGAGAUACAGUCUGAAAGAGCCAACCUGACCAUUUUGUUCGAUAAGUACCUGCCAACUUGCCUGGACACCCUCAGAACAAGAUUUAAGAGAAUUAUUCCUAUUCCUGAGCAGAGUAUGGUUCAGAUGUUGUGCUGCCUCCUUGAGUGCCUCCUGACGGAGGAGAACACACCUCCGGACUGUCCCAAGGAGCUUUAUGAACUUUACUUUGUCUUUGCUGCUGUCUGGGCCUUUGGCGGGGCAAUGUUUCAAGAUCAGCUUGUGGACUACCGAGUGGAGUUCAGCAAGUGGUGGGUGACAGAAUUCAAGACUAUCAAGUUUCCCUCUCAGGGCACAGUCUUUGACUUUUACAUCGAUCCAGAAACAAAGAAGUUUGAGCCUUGGUCUAAACUGGUUCCCCAGUUCGAAUUUGAUCCAGAGAUGCCAUUACAGGCUUGCCUGGUGCCCACCACUGAGACAGUCCGUGUGCGGUACUUCAUGGACAAGCUUCUGGAGCGCCGGCACCCGGUGAUGCUGGUGGGCAACACCGGCACAGGAAAGUCCGUGCUGGUGGAGGACAAGCUCUCCUCGCUGGACACAGAUGCGUAUGUGGUGAAGAAGGUCCCGUUCAACUACUACACCACCUCUGCCAUGCUGCAAGGUGUUCUUGAGAAGCCUCUGGAUAAAAAGGCUGGCAGAAAUUACGGCCCUCCGGGCACCAAGAAGCUCGUGUACUUCAUCGAUGACCUGAACAUGCCUGAAGUGGAUGCUUACGGGACGGUGCAGCCCCAUACACUGAUCAGGCAGCACCUCGACUACGGCCACUGGUAUGACAGGACCAAGCUGUCGCUGAAGGAGAUCACGAAUGUGCAGUAUGUGUCGUGCAUGAACCCGACUGCGGGGAGCUUCACCAUCAACCCUCGCCUGCAGCGUCACUUCUGUGUCUUCGCUCUCUCCAUCCCUGGCCAGGACGCUUUGUCCAGGAUCUACAGCACCAUUUUAAUGCACCACCUGACGAGUGGGGAUUUCUCAGGGGCCGUGCAAAGAUCAGCUCAGCAACUGAUUGCUCUUGCUCUGGGACUGCAUCAGAAAGUAGCUGCCACUUUCCUGCCAACGGCCAUCAAGUUCCACUACGUUUUCAACCUGAGAGACUUCUCCAAUAUCUUCCAAGGCCUUCUGUUCUCUACCCCUGAAUGUCUGAAGCAGCCCCAAGACCUAGUGAAACUCUACCUUCACGAGUCAAACCGUGUGUACCGGGAUAAGAUGGUUGAAGAAAAGGAUUACAGUACCUUCGAUAAAAUCCAGCUGGAAAUGGUGAAGAAACUCUAUGAUGACAUUGAGGAAAUUUUAGAACAGACCAGGCAAAUGAACAUUUAUUGCCAUUUUGCUAAAGGCAUCGGUGAACCCAGCUAUCGACCAGUUCCAGCCUGGGAGGAGUUGAACCAGAUCCUGGUGGAAGCCUUGGACAACUACAAUGAAGUCAAUGCUGCCAUGAACCUGGUGCUGUUCGAGGAUGCCAUGUGCCAUGUCUGCCGCAUCAACCGUAUCCUGGAGUCCCCCAGAGGAAACGCUCUCCUGGUCGGUGUGGGGGGGAGCGGCAAGCAGAGCCUGACCAGACUGGCAGCCUUCAUUAGCUCUUUGGAGGUUUUCCAGAUCACUUUAAGGAAAGGUUAUGGGAUCCCUGACCUUAAG